AUGCUGGGCACGGUGAAGAUGGAAGGGCACGAGGCUCCGGACUGGAGCGGAUACUACAGCGAGGAGGUGUACUCUCCAAUGGCAGGCAGCGGGAUGGGUUCUGGACUCGGGAUGGGCUCCAUGUCGGGCUACAUGACCAGCAGCGGGACCACGUCAGGCUCCUUCAACAUGUCGUACAGUGGGACCGGUCUGAGCCCUACCCCGGUGGGUGGGAUGGGCCCGGCUCCGACGGCCAUGUCGGGUCUGGGUGGGGGCAUGGCCUCGAUGGGCGGGACUCUGAGCCCUUCCGGUAUGAGCUCGGUGUCGGCCCAGCAGGCCUCCAUGGGUCUGAACCCAUACGGGGGCAUGAGUCCCACCAUGAGCCCCGGCAUGGCGUAUGGCGGCGGUGGGCUGAACCGCGGCCGUGACAACAAGGCGUUCAGACGGAGCUACCCGCACGCCAAGCCACCCUACUCCUACAUCUCGCUCAUCACAAUGGCGAUCCAGCAGGCGCCCAGCAAGAUGCUGACGCUGAGCGAGAUCUACCAGUGGAUCAUGGACCUGUUCCCGUACUACCGGCAGAACCAGCAGCGCUGGCAGAACUCCAUUCGCCACUCGCUGUCCUUCAACGACUGCUUCGUCAAGGUGUCACGCUCUCCGGACAAACCGGGGAAGGGCUCGUACUGGACCCUGCACCCGGACUCCGGGAACAUGUUCGAGAACGGCUGCUACCUGCGGCGCCAGAAGAGGUUCAAGUGCGAGAAGAAGAUGUCGGGGAAGUCUGAUGGCAGGAAGGAGCAGGGGGGGGGGGGAGCGUCUCCCUCUGGGGACAUCAAACCUGCGGGACUCCUGGACUCCGCCUCCCUGCCAUCCUCCAGCCAGGCCGCCUCGCCACCCGGGCUGGACCUGCGGGGAGGCGUCAGCGGGCCGUCGGACCUGAAGGUGUCUGGCUCCCAGCUGCUGUCGUCGCUGUCGUUACCGCCGCACUCGAUGGCUCAUGAGUCCCAGCUGCACCUGAAGGGCGACGCCCACUACUCCUUCAACCACCCGUUCUCCAUUAACAACUUAAUGUCGUCCUCGGAGCAGCAGCACAAACUGGACCUGAAGGCCUACGAGGCGCUGCAGUACUCAUCCUACGGCACCGGCGGCAGGACCAUGGAGCCCCUGGAGGCCUCCUACUACCAGGGGGUCUACCCCAGACCACUCCUCAACACCUCGUAGUACCGCUGCACCUGCCGGACUCUCUGCAUGCAGCCGUCCUGGACUUCCUGUCAGGACUUCCUGUCUGGACUUCCUGUCUGACUGUGAUGAACUGGAUCGACUAAACUGAACUCACUGUGACAGAACCAGGACCCAGUUUACACUGACCCUGAUCCCAGGUCUGUUUCUGCUCCUACACACCGAGUCACGAGUCACCAACAAACUGCACCCAGUCACCAACACAAUCACGACUCACCAACACGAGUCACAAUUCACCUGCAAGCCGUGUUCUGCGGUGCAGUCUGACCUGUCGCUCUGUCCGGAGGGCCGGCAGGUCAAAGUUAGUUUAUAAAAACAGAUAAAAGAAUUCUUGAAACUAAUGAACAUUGCGACUGAUUUGAGUGCAAAUUAAAAAAAACAUUCAGGAAACAUUAAAAAGUAUAAAAUCAUCUUAAAGAAAUUAUCAAAAAGCUGUUUUAGUCAAAUAUUCUUCAAACAGACACAAAGUUUAAAUCUUCACAGAUGAACUAAAAGCUGCUGAACUUUAUGAGAUAAAACGAGUUUAACGUUUGACAUUUUGACCAUCGCCAUCUUUGUUUAUUUGCAGCCUGCACACAUGCAGAAUGGAUCCGUCACCAGCUUAUGCUAACGAGUUAAUGUUAACGAGCUUCACGAGCAGGACAGUCGCUUGUCUGCCUCAAGUCUUUGAGUCUUUGAGUCAGUCUGAGAGAUAAGCUGCCUCAGCGUGCAGGGCGUGAUCCUCCUCUUCCUGUCUGAAUAACCACGAUGAGAAAAUAAAUUAAAAAGUUAACGUAAAGGAGCCGUGGCCUCAGAGGGGCGGGGCCAGCGGGGCUUAAAUCAUGUUCAGUCUCGGGGUCAAAGGUCACUUGACAGAUAUUAGGUGUAUAUCAAUCCAUUAGAAUAUGAUGAAAAGUCCAUUUCCAGUAGUUCAAGUCAAACAGCCCCAACCAAGUGUUGAGUCAUAUAGAUGGACAUACUAUUCAGAGGCCAACAUUUCCAUAUUAAACAUACUUUUUAAAAUUGGUCUUAUGUAAAAAAAAUGUUUUUAAUUUUAGGUCUUAAUUAAAUGUAAGCCAUAAUCAUUAUAUUUAGAAGAAAUUAAAUAAAUGAAGAUAGGAAAUGUUUAUUCUGUGUGUAAUGGAUCUAUAUAAUGUGCUAUUUCACCUUUAUGAAUUGAAUUACUGACAAAAAUACUUUUCUAUGAUAUUCUAAUUUCUUGAGAUGCACCUGUAGUUCCUGUAGUUUUUGAUCAGAAAUAUGACAAGGAGUUUUUUUCUCCCACGACCUCGCCUGCAUCCUCACUGACCUCCGGAGGGGUCGCGACCCUCAGGCUGAGCCCCGCAGAUCAAAGGCACGGCUGUCUCCAGGCAGAUCAGAGUCUGAGGAACACAAAAUCAUGUUUCUGUUCAAUAUUAUUGGAAUCUGAGUUUAUACAUUUUGAAAACAAUUUUGAUACAUUUUUUAAUUCCUCAUUUGUCAGUAUUUUUCAUUUUUGCAUUAAAGAUGUCGAGAAAAAUAAAAUAUAAACUUUAAAAAAUAAUGUUGGACAGAAAACAAUAAAAAAACAAAAGCAUUAUUUUAACUUAAACAUGAAUAUUGUUUUGUUAUAUUUCACUUUUAUAUUUUAAACAUUCAAAUAAUUGUUAUUUUCAUUACUUUUUUGUCUCCUCAGGGCUGAAACUCAACCUAAACACGUUUCUGUGACUAAAAAACACUAAAAUAAAGUAUUUAUUUAUUUAAACAUUUAUUAUGAAUAAAACAACAAUUAUUACUGAUAGUAUUAUUAAAGUUAAUUAUAAUACUAUUAAUAAAUCUUUGCUUGGUGACUCUCACUCUGUGUGUAAAAGCAGAAACGUCUUCCUGAUGACAAUUAAACUCUUCUGUCCAUCACCGAUUAUUGAUUAUUAAUUAUUCUCACCAUGUGCAUGAAGUGGGAGCUCUUCUUCUUCUUCUGUGGAUCAAAGCAGCUGACAGACAGGCGGACCUCCUCCUCUUCAUCAGCCGACAGGUCUGCAGGGAGGAGUGAAGGAAGGAAGGAAAGAAGGAAGGAAGGAAGGAAGGAAGGAAGGAUAUUAAAGCCCCUCAGCUCGUCCUCGUUGUGUGUUUGUCGGUUUUUGCUGCAUGUUCUUCUUCUUCUUCUUCUUCUUCAUGUUCUUUAACUUAUUCUGUCAUUUUCAAAUAAAACACGGAAACUCUGA